AUAUGGUGUACACAUAUCUGCUAAAUUUGUAUAAGAUAAUUACAAGCAGUUGAAUAAGGGGUGGGAAUUAAUAAGCUUUGGCUUCUUCCUGCUCCUUUUCGGACACAUAUGAUUUCAUUUAUUUAUUGAUAUUGUUUAUGACACUUUAUAAAUAUUUUUGUUUUGUUUUUUUGUAUGCUGUUUCACACUUGCUUUUUAUUCUUUGAUUCUGUUUGAAAUAAAUAAUAAAAUAAAAUAAAAUAAUAAAAAUAAAAUGUUCCUUCCUGAUCUGAGAUUUUGGGCAUUUUCAGUUUUUAUUUCAGAUUUUUAACAUUAGUACUUUUUGAUUUUCAAUCAUUUCAGAAUUAUAAACAUUUGUUUCCUCUCUAAUUGUUUCACACAAAACAAUUUUUUUAGGCAAUGGCCUGGAUUUUGCUGCCUGUGGCUGCCAUCAGCACCCACUGCUUGAAUACCCCACUGCACUAAAUUGGUUUAGAUCCUCAGGAACUAAACUUGCCAGGCGAGAGCAUCCUUAAUCCUCUCAGUUCAGCGCUGGAGUAAUUUAAAAAUCAGUUUCUAAAGCCGUCAACGCCGACAACGGGGACGGAUUUCACGUACGGGACAGGGCCCGUUGAAAAUAUCCAGUUGAAGACUAUUCAAGCUUAAUAAAAUGGCAGAAGACAAAAUUCCGCCUGAAACACAAAAUUCUCCAAGUGACAGUGAUGAAUCAUGGGAUAAGAAUACACAAGAAGAACAUAUAAGGCGACGGAUUUCAGUCAGAAGAGAACAUAUAAGAAAAAGGCUUGCAGAAGAGUCUGAACAAUCACUGUUACUUGACCAAAGUGAAGAUUACAGCAGUGCCAGAAUAGAAAAGCGUUCUGUUACAGGUGAUAAAAAACUAGCUGAUGUGAUACGAAGUAGAGUUAGAGAAAAGCUGAAAGCUGUAAAGGGAGGGAUUGCAAGUUCAUUUGCACGAGAUUUACCCGUUUCUUCACACCGUCUGCAGCAGAUAAAGGAUGAGGGAUUAGUGACAAGAUUUGACAAGACAUUAAAAAUAGAGACAGAUGAAGCAAAUCAGUUCUUUACCUCUGUUUUGGAUGACUCAUCGGAAUCAGCAUUGCAAGAGCAUGGAAUAGCACAGCUGAGAGAUUUACCCAUUGAAUUUCAACUCACUGGAUUGGAGGAAGAGCCAGAGAAUGAAAUGGAAAAUGCCAGCAGAAUGUCAGAAGAAAAAGCCAAAUUUGACUUGUAUAUAAAUGAACAGAUAAUUGAAAGGAUACCUGCUAAAUAUGAACAUGAAAAAUUACAGAGAGAAAGGAAUAUAAAUCUUUUCAACCCAAGUACAUCAGAAGUCCCUUUAACUAGCAAGCUUCCAAGAGGCGUUGCACCUCGCAUCUUGAAGGAUGAAGGCUUUUAUGUCAGUCAGAAACCAGACGUUUUGAAAAAAAUAGUUAACAAAAUGGAGAAUCGCCUACUUGUGCAAGGCAAGAAUAAAUGCUGGUUUGGAGAAGAUGGGAAUAUAAUCGCAUUACCAGAGCCAAUUAAGCUUCCCUGGAAUAGUAGACAAUCACCACCAAAUCGCAAUGCGGAUGACCCUCAACCAGGUCUGGAAACUGUGUAUAGGAAGGCAAUAGUUAGUGAACUUGUAAUUGAUAUAGCUGGUAAUUUUAAGGAGAUUUCACAAAUCUAUCAGCUGGAUGUCAAUAUUGCAAGUUUGCGUUUUAUUCAUCAUCCUUUAUUCAGCAGAGAACAUGUUUUGGCUGCAAAGCUAAUGCAGCUUCAUGACAAUUACCAACAGAGGCAAGGAAAAAAUAUCAGCCAGCUCUUGAUUGAGAAGCUGCAAACCUUAACUAAUAUGAUAAUGAGCUUGGAGGUAAAUUCCAUAAAUCACAAUAGAAUUGAAGAUAUAAAGAAGCAAAUUGGGGAAACAAAGCGGCUUCUGAAUGUGGAAAAGGAAAAAGACCGCACCCUUCUUACAAACAUUUUGAAUGUCUGGAAACAAAUAAAAGGUUUGAGAAAAAUGGAGAAGUGCAUCCAUACACCAAUAAAGCUCCAAGUGCAAAAGCUGGAAGUGAAUUACAAAUCACUUGGAAAGCAAUGUGAAGUGGAGUACCUUGCAGAAGUUGUUGAACUAGAACAACAAUUUGAAGAUAAAUUCAAUAAAGAAAUGGAGAUAUAUAAUGAAAAAUUAGAAAUUUGGAAAAAUAAACAGGUAUGUAUAUGUACAGUUUCCUGCAGCACACAGAUGAUGGAAGAGGGCCUUCAUGUUGAAUAUCCAAGGAAUGUUCUUUGGUACAAACUACUGAUGCUUUUGUGGUAUCUUGCUUCUGAUGCAAACAAAUCAACUCCUCGGAUUCUAAUGCCCAUGUCCCACGCUCCCUAUUUACCGGCUUUGUUCCUUAUUGUCCAGAACUUAUUUCUGAAGCUCAAGAAGUCGAACUUGUUGAACGUGGGGGCUAACGUACCUCGUGGAAAACUACGCAUGCGCGUUGACAGCCACGAGGAAAAAGGCAUUAUUCUGGGUGCGUUGCUCUGCAAUGCGAUUAUUAUUCGGCAGGCUAACACUUUCCUGUUUGAAAGUAAAGGUAGAACCACGUUUAACAAUUGCUGGUGGUUAGGUCGGGUCGUCGCCGCGGCUGACAACGUCACCACAACCCCAAAGUCGGGCCACCGGAACGGCACCACAGCCCCGUGUUCGGGCCACCGCCGGCGGAACGUCGCCCCAGCCCCGAAUUUUCAAAUACUGCAAGCAAUCAAUCUACUCACGGCCCUCUCGGUCUAUGAAGUCUUCUCUUCUUCUAAUGACCCAGGUGUCAACCAUGUCAGUGCUUCCGCCCAGGAUUCAGGCUCUGACUGCGGCGGCCUUUACUGGCGGACCAACCGAGGUGAUUCCCGGAUGCGUGUGGGGCGGCCGGCAUCAAUGGGCCUCGCCCCACCGCUGCAGGUAGGAACUCCACCAAUCGUCGCCGGUGUCGUCGGAGACCGGCUGCGUUGCUGUGCCCCCGGCGGAGAUUGGAAGCUGUUGGGGAAUCCGUCGUGGGACCGCCGAUGCACGACUGGCCGAGGCUCCACCCUGCAGCUGGGCCGACAACAGCCCAACCGGACAGGCAGCCAGUGGCCGGGGAUCGUCGAAAUAUACGUCGGCGAAGAGCAGAAGGACGUCUUUGGGGAGGCCCGCUCGAUUGGGAUGCUAGGCCUUGAGCAGCAACUGAAUACCUCGCUGGCAGAAUUGAUGCCAAAGGGCAUCCGCAAAAAUUUGCAGCGGCCAAAGGGGAAAGCCAAGGAAAGCAAACUUAUAGAUGGAGAUGAAUCAGUCAAUGAAUACACUGAUGAUGAUUCAGAAGAGCCCCCAAAACAUUCUGUGCCAACAGAUAGAGCAACAAUAGAAAAUAUGGCAAAAAUAAGAACUGCAGUUGAUUACAGUCAAAGACAAGAACCUAUGUUGAUUCCUAAUCUGUCACAGACAAUGACUGUAACACCAGAUUUAAAUUGCUCUGGGGGAGAACAACGUAGAAGAAUGGAAAUGCGAAACCAUAAAUUCUUCAUUAGUAUUUUUUAUAAUGAGAAACUCGUUUCAUCCACUAUCACUUCACAACUGCAAUCAGAUUUUACUGUACAAUUUCAACAAAUAUUCAAUGUUCAGAUUAUACACAAACCUGAAAACAUUAGAUUAGAGAUUUAUGAAUUAAUAAACACAAAGAUGAACUUGUUGGCAAAACUAUACAUACCUGUUCCUGAAGUAACCAUGAUUACCAGCACUGUUGCUUUGGAAGAGAUAGAAUUCAGUAGUGAUGAAAUAGUUGUAACUAACCACGAUGGAGUUGGAAGCAAUACACCGUUUCUUUUAGAUGAGGGGAAAUCUGAAGAGUGUUUGUUGACAUCUGGAAGAUUACUGUAUGCUGUAUCAUGGGGAAUAGAUGAGAAUGGCACAGCCCUUGCACCUCCAGCACCAAAGCCAAAAGCCUAUACAGAAAGCAUGGAUGCUAUUGCCUCAAUUGGAAUGUCUCGGAUAAAUGAUUUGCAGAAACUUGCCAAGUGGGCAAAAAAAGCCAGAAUUGAUCCCAAUGAUCCCCAGAAUUUAAACUUGAUGCAUGUAAUUAAGUAUGCCACUGAGGAGGAUCAAAAUGUCCCAAAAUACUUUAGGUUACAGCAAAUGCAAGAUGAGUUUAACUUUAUUACAGAUGAAAAAUUGGAGCAGUCUAGACGGUUUCGUCUUCUGAUGCAUAGAAAUUCUGGUGUUCCUGAAUAUUGUUGCUAUAAGCAAGUGCCGCCAUAUGAAAGAGAGAUACCAGAGCAUAUUUUUGAGGAAUUUGCAAUUCAAAAGGAUGAUAUUUUUAUAAUUAUGGGAGAAGAUUCACUGACAGAACAGAGAAUGAUGGCACAUAAAUAUCUUGAGAAGGUAGCAAAGUGUGGAGAUAAACAUUAUAGAUUAACAAAGUAUCAAAGCCAAAUAAGCCUUGCCUUGUUCGACAUAAUUGCACCUCGAAAAACAUUGAAACCUAUGCGUAAGGAAAGAAAGAAAAUACCUGCUCAGACCUUGUCUGAUGGAGAUAUUAAGAUGCUUAUUAAUGUAAUAGGAGCAUACAACAUACCAAUGAGGAAGUGCGUUGUCAGGGCACAGCCACUUUUUGGUCUAAUGUCUCCAGUGUCUGGAAUGUCGAGCAACAUGCAUUAUAGGAAACCUGAAGGUGAAGAGGAUCCUUUUAACCAGGUAGCCAAACAAUGCCAUUUGUUAAAAGUUACAGUUGGAAAAUUAUAUAAAAUUCAAGUGCAACCUUUUGUAGAAGUAACCUUCCAGCAAUCAAUGUAUCAGACAAGUAUUGCUGAUGGAUCCCAGCCAUGUUGGAAUGAAAAACUUGAAAUGGAUUUCAGAUCACCCAAUGGAGAUUACAACAGUGCAGCCUUAUGCAAAAUGAAGGACAAAAUAUUAAUUAAUGUAUUUGAUAGCUUAACUCUUACUAUUCCACAGACCGACUGCCCUGAGACAUGCAGAAUGAAGCCACAUAUCCAGAAUUGGCUGGGAUCCAUUUCUAUCCCUUUCAGUACUAUCCUGGAACAAUCAAAGGUCAGUGGAACUUUCAGACUAGACACCCCAGUAAUGUUACUAGGAUACACAUGGAAGAAAAUAGAUACAGGUUAUUGUGAACAGUUUUAUGAAUUUGGACUUGCAGAAAGCUCACUUUUAACAAUUUUUAUUACCCUGGAUCCUCAAGUUUCUUGUUCAGACAACGAAGACAAACAACCCCCUCUAUGGCAGUUAGAAACAAUAGAAGAUGAGGAGAUUUUACACUUGGCAUAUACAUUUCAAAAGGAGAUUCGUAAUCUUUAUCCAAAGAGAAGAGUUGUUGUCAAUAUCAUUGACAGUGAAUGCAGAGUUGGCAUUGUUACGAGAUACAUCAGGCCGCUUAGUCCACCACAAGAGCUACUUGACGUAUUUCCAGAGAAUCCAGAGGCAACCUUUAAUCUUGUAGCUAGAUUUGUCUCCUUGAUUCCGUACCUUCCAGAUAAUUUAGGAUUUUCCGAUGCUUGCAAUAUUUGGUUGACAUCACAGCAAUUUCUUAAUCUAAUACUUGGAGGUAAAGAGGAUCAUGCAGUUCUUCUUUGUAACUAUUUCUUGUACAUGAAAAUGAAUGCGUAUGUACUCUUAGGAACUUCAAUUCUCGAAGGCCCAACAGCUUAUGUGAUUAUUCAAGAAAAAAUGACCACCAUGAUUUGGAAUCCUGAAACUGGGGAUUGCUAUGAGCAAUUUAAUGUUUUUUGUCCACUGCAAAGUGCUGAUUGUUUGAUCAAUAACGAAAAUGUCUGGUUUAAUAUUCAAAAGCAAAGUCGUCCUAUGAGCAUAAGUUUUGAUACCUCAAAAGAACAUAAUUGGCGACCAUUCUUCAAGAGUCCCCUGCAUAAUGUAUUGUCUUCUGUGCAGCCACCAGAAUUAAUCUACUAUUCCACUGAAAAUGCCCUGGUGGAUAAAUUACAGAACAGAAUUGAAUGGGCACUGAAGAAUAAAAUCAUGGAAUGGAGAGUCAAACGCCCCACUCGAUGGAAUCGUUACUGUACUGGAGUGUUUCAAAAUUUUCUUCCUCUGCUAGAGCAAAAUCUUGGUCGCUCAGUAAGUGAAGAACAGAGCGCCGGUCUAGAGAGCCUUUUAAAAGAGUACAAGGUUUCUGGAUUUCCUAUUCAAAUGUGCUAUUCAAAGUUGGAGUCAAUAUUCGAUAAAGUUUACAGUACUGGCAUUCAUAAAACAGAUAUUCCAAAUGUUGAGUUUGCUGUCGCCGUGUACAUUCAUCCAUACCCCAACAAUGUAUUAUCACUAUGGAUCUACAUAGCAUCUUUAGUUCAUGACUUCUAAAAAAUACUUAAACUUGUCGUUGUUUAGUAUUUUUGAUCUUGCUUUGCCCUUUUGUUGUAGUGUUUUUCCAUGCUGUUCAUUUUAUUGACAUCUCCCAUUGUUAGUUGUAUGUAGAAAUUAUUAAUAAUGUUAAAGUUCUUUAGUCCAAUGGGCUGCACCAUUUUCAUAAAUUAAACACAUUUAAUAAUUUUCAAAUUACCCACUUCAAUUCUUUCUGCUUUCUAGAAAAAUAGAAAAAUUCUCCAUCAAUCUAUUUAGUAUUCUGUUUCAUUGGAGCUUCCUCUUACAAUUUUACCAAAUUCAUUUAUCUCCUGGCCUCAUCAAGAUGUGUUCUUAACUCUAAAUAUAAAAAACAAAUAUCAGCAACCAAUAGUUAAUAUAAAUCAUUCAUUAGGAGAUACCGCCAGCAAUAUUUUUGUAAACAUACAAUUGAUUUUCCGUUUUUGCAAUCCUGUUUGAAAGUGUAAAGAGACAGAACAUUUUCAUUUUUUCUAUUAUCUUUUCAUUGCAAAUAAAAUCAACAACUUUCACUUCGGAAAUAAACAUUUGUGUCCAGUUGCAAGUGUAGGUUAAAAAUAUUGGUGGUGUACAUAUGAAAAACAGAUAAUAUCUCACAAAUAUUUCAUUAAAACUCAAUACCAUUUUAGUUUUAAAAUAUAAACCAAAAUGUUUAAAGUCAUUUAUCAUGUAACAAAACUAAGGUGGCAGAAUACUCGCCCAUGUUGCUGAAAUUACGUGUUUGAUAGUUGAAACUCGGGGAAGAGCUUUGACCCAUGACAACUGACCUCAUCCUAUCAGAGAUGUAAGAGGAUUUGUGUUUAAGUCAGUUUCUGAUGUUGUACUGGCUUUGGAACUUUCCUAUAAACAUAUAUUGAUGGUUCUAUCAGAUUUCUCAUUUUAUAUGUAGGAUUCCAAAAUCUGUAAUUGAGAGAGAAAUUUAUUAAAUCCUCUGUCAUUGGAGAUGAGUUUAUAUCAUUUACUCUACUAAGAAUUUGGGGUGAAUAGAUGGAGGAACGCUAAUCUGACAAACAAAUAUGAUUUUUUAACCAAAGCUAAAUAGAACGCUCAGCGAAAAUCGAAAAAAAAUAUGUAAAAUAAUUAGGUUUCUUUAAAAUUAUUGAAAACAU